AUGGCCCACACUAUUCUUCACCUCCGAUCCGAGACCAAGCCCUUGGAACACAGGAGCGCCCUCACACCCACCACUACUCGCAAGCUGGUCGAGGCCGGCUACGAAGUCAGAGUUGAAAGGAGCCCCGUUCGCAUCUUUGACGAUGCCGAGUUCGAAGCCGCUGGCGCAACCCUUGUGCCCGAAUACUCCUGGGAGUCAGCCCCAUCGGACGUGAUCAUCGUCGGUCUCAAGGAGCUUGAAGAGAAGGAGUUCCCUCUCAAGCACGUUCACGUCACAUUCCUCCACGUCUACAAGGUAUACAAGCCCCAAUUGAGCUGGGUCCCACCAGACAGCUCGCUGACCAAGCUACAGAACCAAGGUGGCUGGGAGAAGACACUCGGCCGUUUCCCCCGUGGCGGCGGCACUCUUCUCGACCUCGAGUUCUUGGCCAACGAGUCCGGUCGCAGAGUCGCAGCCUUCGGUUUCCACGCUGGUUUCUCUGGCGCUGCUCUUGCUCUCGAGAACUGGGCCUGGCAGCUCACCCACCCUGGCGAGCCCUUCCCUGCCGUCGAGGCAUACCCCAAUGAGGAUGCUCUUAUCGUCGAUGUCAAGAAGGCCUUGGACGAGGGUAUCGCCAAGGCUGGUCGCAAGCCCAGAGUCAUUGUGAUUGGUGCUCUUGGACGUUGCGGUUCCGGUGCCGUUGAGAUGGCCAAGAGAGCCGGUGUUGAGGAUAUCGUCCGCUGGGUAAGUCGUUUCCACGUAAUUUGCGAUGUUUCUGCUGACACCACCAACCCCCACAACCCCAUCCCCGUCUACACCGUGGCUACCACCUUCGACAAGCCCACCGUCCCCGUCGAGGGACUGGAGAACCCUCCCCUGAGCGUCAUCUCCAUCGACCACCUUCCGUCUUUGUUGCCGAGGGAGUCUAGCGAGGCCUUCAGCAACGACCUGCUGCCUACCCUCCUGAACCUCAAGGACUGGCGCAACGAUUCCGUCUGGGCCCGCGCCGAGAAGCUCUUCCAGGACAAGGUCGCUCUGCUCCCCGCCGAGCUUCAGAAGAGAGAGGCCUAG